AUGGCGACCACUACUGCUUUAGCGCUCAAGUCCACCAAACACUGGACCAUCGGUACAGACAUUCAGGGUUCAGAGCGACUCAACGGAGUAAGCUACCAAGAAGACGCUCUUAUCACAUACGGCGACUAUCAAUAUGUGACAUUCUACGAGACUGCUCCCGCAGGUUACCUCAACCAUUUCGUCCGCCUCGGUCGAAGAAAGAUCUCACCUAGUGUUGCGGAUUGGGAGUAUCUUACACUUGAUGAUUACACUCAAAAGACGAUGGAUGGACACAACAUGAUAUCCAUGGGUAUUUCUGGUGAUGGAAAGAUUCAUCUUAGUUUUGAUCACCAUGAUGUUCCUAUCAAUUACCGAGUCUCAAAAACAGGUAUCGCUAAAGAUGUCCCCUCGAAAUGGUCGUCAGAGCUGUUUGGACCUGUUGUCCACGCGCUGGAUGGAUCGACAGGACCUUAUUCGCCUUUGACUUAUCCUCGUUUCGAACCACUUCCUAAUGGUGAUAUGCUUCUUGAGUUUCGCAUUGGACAAUCUGGAUCUGGUGACAGCUACAUUCAUCGUUACAGCUCCUCCACGGGUAAAUGGCAAGCUCAAGGGAUGUACAUCCAGGGCGACGACAACAACGCAUACAUUAACGGUCUUGACUAUCUUGACGGAAAGCUUUAUACAUCUUGGACUGUGCGAGAAACACCAAAUGCUGACACCAAUCAUGGCGUCUAUUUUGCGUAUUCCAAUGACGAUGGCAAGACAUGGUUCAACACUAACGGCACCAAGCUUACAAUGCCUAUCUCAACUUCUGAUGCGAGCACUCUGAUUUGGGACAUACCACAGAACAGCCGCAUGGUCAACCAAGAGGGUCAACUUGUCGAUACCAAAGGACGUUUUCACAUUCUCAUGAGGGAUUUACUGUCUGGCAAGCAUCUUUACCAGCAUUAUUUGCGAGACACGGACGGAAAAUGGACAAAAAACGCGAUCAAUCCGACUGGUCUAAAUGGCCCAGACCUGUAUGAUCCAAGAGGCAAAUUCGCUGGAGACGCAUCAGGUGAGUACCUGUUCGGACUUCUUCCGGAUCCUGUGAAGCAAUUCACAGGAAUCUACGUGGCAACGGCUUCCAAGGGCUUCAAGGACUGGACAUCUCUGGCUGAGAUUCCGAAUACAUCUACUGAGCCUCUGUUUGAUAAGACUCGGCUGCAUGACUUUGGUGUUUUGAGUGUGUUUGUGAGACAGGCCGGUGGAUUUCCGGAUAGGAAGCUGCAGGUUUGGGAUUUUGAGUUGGAUCUAUAG